UCGUUGUUCUGACGGAGAGAGAUCGUUUUAUGGUAAACUCGAUUGUGGCGCCCACUAGUGAAUUUUAAAUGGAGUUUUGUCUAGACUUGACUAAGUAGUAAACUGGCUCGACAUAUUUAUACGUGUAUGCAUACAUAUAUAGAUGUAUGAGUGAUGUUACUUUUUUAUAUAAAUUUAGGUGAAUAAAUAUCACGUGUUUUAUAAAUACUUUAUAUGAGUGCGACGAAGAUGAAAUGGGUGUAAAUAUUUAAAUGUGUGAUUGACAGAUACUUGACGCGCGUAUUUUUAUAUUUUGUGUUUUUUUAAAUUCUUCAAAAGUAGAUGGCAGUGUAAUUUUUUUUUUAAAUUGGAGUUUGUUUCAGUGAGAGAAUAAGGUUAUGUACACGUGUUUAAGUUUUUAAAUUUUAAAUUUGAAUUUUUAUUUUGGUAAUUAGUUUGAAUUGAAUUAAAUUAAAAAAAAAAAAAAUGCCAAAAGUUAAAACGGAAAAGAAGAGUCGGAUUCAUGAAAAAGUUGCUAGACAAGGUAUUUUAUUUAAUACGAAUCUUGGUCAGCAUAUUUUGAAAAACCCCAAGAUAAUCGAGAGUAUGGUAGACAAGGCAGCCGUGAGACCAACGGAUGUUGUAAUUGAAAUAGGACCUGGUACUGGAAACAUGACAAUGAAAUUACUUGAAAGAUGUAAGAAAGUAAUUGCUUUUGAAGUCGAUCCACGUAUGGUCGCUGAAUUACAGAAGCGUGUUCAGGGUACGCCUUUCAAAUCAAAAUUAGAAAUUCAAAUUGGUGAUGUACUGAAAGCUGACAGAUUACCUUUUUUUGAUCUGUGCGUUGCUAAUGUACCUUAUCAAAUAUCAUCACCAUUAAUAAGGAAAUUAUUAGUUCACAGACCAAUAUUCAGAUGCGCAGUACUGAUGUUCCAACAAGAGUUCGCUCUGAGGCUAGUAGCCAAACCUGGUGACCAUUUAUACAGCCGUCUUAGUGUCAAUACUCAGUUAUUAGCACGCGUCGAUUUAUUGUUAAAAGUUGGCAAAAAUAAUUUCCGCCCACCUCCUAAAGUUGAAUCGAGUGUCGUUAGAAUCGAACCACGUAACCCACCUCCAGCAAUAAAUUUCAAAGAAUGGGACGCCUUAACGCGAAUAGCAUUUGGUAGGAAAAAUAAAACACUACAGGCGUCAUUCAACGAAACUUGGGUGAUACUUUUGCUCACGGACAAUUAUAAAACUCAUUGUAGUCUUGAAAAUAAGAAAAUACCUGAAAACUUUGAGAUGAAGGAGCUGAUUAAAACAGUGCUGAAUCCAGGGAUGGGCAAAAAACGAGCGCGCGAAUUGGACAUCGAUGACUUUAUUGAACUUUUAUAUGCAUUUAAUAAAGUAGGAAUUCAUUUUGCGUGAUUGUAUUUUGUACAAUAAAUUGUUUUGAUAACAACAACAAUA